GCGGGCAGCGAGCGGAGCGGGCCGGGCGCCUGGGGCUGCCGGGCGGGGGCUCAGGGCAGCGGCGGCCGCCAUCGCCAGAGGGAGCCCCGAGCGGGCGGCGGCGCUGCCUCCGGGACCCCCGGGGGGCACAGAGCCCCGCUCCGCCUCCCCUCACCCCCGCCGCCCCCCCCCCCCUCCCCCCCUUCCUCGCCCCCCCGGCUUCCCACCACGGCCGCUCUCGGCGAGGAAACUCUGGCCUCCGCUUCCUCCUCCUCCGACUCGGACACCGGCGGAGCCUCCCCGCCCCCGCGGAAGAAAGCCCGGGCCUCCCCGGCGGCGGCGGUGGAGGGAGCAGGAGAGCCCGGGGCUUCCGCGGGCAGAGCAGGCCUCACCUCGUCCCAGUCCCCCUCGCUCCCCGCCGGGCUCGCCCCCGCCGCCGCCCCGCUCAGAGGCAGCAGCAGCGGCAGCAGCAGCGGCGGCGUCGGCAGCGCCAUGCAGGCCAACGGGGCGGGAGGGGGCCAGCAGCAGCAGCAGCAGCAGCCGCCGCAGGGGCCGGCGGGCCCGGAGCUGGGCUGCCUGGGCGCCCAGAACGGCGAGGCCUCGGCGGGCACGGCCGCCGGCGACCAGCUGGCCCACGCCAACGGGUUGCUGCCCUCGGCCAACAGCGGCGGCGGCAGCCCCGGCGGCCUCAGCGUCAAUAACGGGGUGCCCGCCGCUGGGGGCCCCGGCCCGGCCGCCGCGGAGCUGGGGGGCGGCGGCGGCGGCAGCGCCCUGAAGAAGAAGAAGCGGCUCUCGCAGUCCGACGAGGACGUGAUCCGGCUGAUCGGGCAGCACCUCCACGGCCUGGGCCUCAACCAGACUGUUGAUCUUCUCAUGCAAGAGUCAGGAUGUCGUUUAGAACAUCCUUCUGCUACAAAAUUCCGCAAUCAUGUCAUGGAAGGAGAAUGGGAUAAGGCUGAGAACGACCUGAAUGAACUUAAGGCCUUAGUGCAUUCUCCGCAUGCAAUUGUGAGGAUGAAGUUUUUGCUGCUGCAGCAGAAGUACCUGGAAUACCUGGAGGAUGGCAAGGUCCUGGAGGCACUUCAAGUUCUACGCUGUGAACUGACGCCUCUGAAAUAUAAUACAGAACGCAUUCAUGUCCUCAGUGGGUAUCUGAUGUGUAGCCAUGCAGAAGACUUGCGUGCAAAAGCAGAGUGGGAAGGGAAAGGAACAGCUUCCAGAUCUAAACUUUUGGACAAACUCCAGACAUACCUACCCCCAUCAGUGAUGCUUCCUCCAAGGCGUUUACAGAACCUGCUACGUCAGGCUGUGGAACUACAACGGGACCGGUGCCUAUAUCAUAAUACGAAACUAGAUAGUAAUCUAGAUUCUGUCUCGCUGCUAAUAGAUCAUGUUUGUAGUAGGGGUCUGAGAUCAGUAUGUGGUGCGCUGUACAUGCUGCCAUGCUUGGGCAUAAUGAGGAAACAGUUCCCAUGCUAUACACAGCAGAUACUAACGGAGCACUGUAAUGAAGUGUGGUUCUGUAAAUUCUCCAAUGACGGCACUAAACUAGCAACAGGAUCUAAGGACACAACUGUUAUUAUAUGGCAGGUUGAUCCAGAUUCUCACCAGCUAAAACUACUUAAGACGUUAGAAGGUCACGCAUAUGGUGUCUCUUAUAUUGCUUGGAGUCCAGAUGACAACUAUCUUGUUGCCUGUGGCCCAGAUGAUUGUUCAGAGCUUUGGCUCUGGAAUGUACAAACUGGGGAGCUGAGGACAAAGAUGAGCCAAUCUCAUGAAGACAGUUUAACAAGCGUGGCCUGGAAUCCUGAUGGGAAGCGUUUUGUAACAGGAGGUCAGCGUGGACAGUUCUAUCAGUGUGAUUUAGAUGGUAAUCUCCUUGACUCCUGGGAAGGGGUGAGGGUACAAUGCCUUUGGUGCUUGAGUGAUGGGAAAACUGUUCUAGCAUCGGACACACACCAGCGAAUUCGGGGUUAUAACUUUGAAGAUCUUACAGACAGGAACAUAGUACAAGAAGAUCACCCUAUUAUGUCGUUUACUAUUUCAAAAAAUGGCCGCUUAGCUUUGUUAAAUGUAGCAACUCAGGGAGUUCACUUAUGGGAUUUACAAGACAGAGUUUUAGUGAGAAAGUAUCAAGGUGUUACACAAGGAUUUUACACAAUUCACUCGUGUUUUGGAGGUCAUAAUGAAGAUUUCAUCGCGAGUGGCAGUGAAGAUCACAAAGUAUAUAUUUGGCACAAGCGUAGCGAGCUGCCAAUUGCGGAGCUGACAGGGCACACACGUACUGUUAAUUGUGUGAGCUGGAACCCGCAGAUUCCAUCCAUGAUGGCCAGCGCCUCUGAUGAUGGCACUGUUAGAAUAUGGGGACCAGCGCCUUUCGUAGACAACCAGGAUAUUGAAGAGGAAUGCAGUAGCAUGGAUAGUUGAUGGCGAAUUUGGAGCAGACGACUUCAGUUUAACUUAAUUAGUCGUAUUUUAAAUGGCUUGGGAUUUGGUGCAAACAAACAUGAUUGAUAGCUGGACAGACAUGCUCGUCAUGAAAAAGAACCAUUUCUGAAGCCCGGUCGGGGCCAAACAUUUACCACCUUGCUUCAUAGUAACCAGUCAAGAUGAAGCACGUCGUUAGAACGUUGUUGGACACCGUGUUGAAAUUACCCCCCCAUCGGUUGUGAAGAACUGUGCUACAUUCAGGCUAACCAUUGAACUCAGUAUAUAUAUUUUUCCCUCCUGCCUUUUUGUCUGGCAGGCUACUGUUCUUGUUGCUCUUCUGUGUAAUGAAGUUUAAAUGCUUGUUUGGAACACUUUAUUUAACAGUUUAGAAGGCUUGAUAGAAAGAGUGCUUUAGUCUGAAGAGUAUACAUUGGAUAGGAAAGUAUUUCCUUCUCUUGUUUCUCAAGUCUCUCUCCGCCUUACUUAGCUUGAGAUCUUUGCAGCUUGGUUCAUGGAUUCUAGCCUUGCCCGUUGCGCAGUAUAUAUAAAUUGAGAUGAUAAACCAAUGAACUAUGUCAAAAGCACUCUCAGUAUCGCAUUUGACAAAAAGUUUUGUACUUUUCACAUAGCUCGUUGCCCUGCAAAGGGGUUAACAGCACAAUUUUUUAAAAAUAAAUUAUUUAUAGGAUUAAAAUGACUUCAUUUGUAUACAUUUGGAAUUAAAACAAUGCAAGAAGUGUCGUGAAACAUGGUAUCACUGAUGCUUUUCUGGAGUGUCUUGAGACCCAAGCAAAAGCAGUGGCUGGAAGGAGCUUUACGUAGGCAGUGAAGCUUGCUUUAGGAGGAGGAACUCGCUGUCCAUCUUAACAGAUAAACUGUAUUAUUUAGAAAAAAAAGGCGUUCAGAGUGCACCACCAGACUGAGAGCUUAAACAAAACAAGGUCUUUUGUUUUUUUUUAAUUACAUAAAUAUAUGCAACAAUGCUGGUGUAAAAGGUAGACUCCACCUUGAGGGAAGAAUGUGUUGAAAGAUUCCUUUCUUCACAAAGUCAACAUUUUGUAAAAGCAAUUAGCAUAAAAAUCAUAAUUAAACACUUGUAAUAUGGUGGAAAUUUCUGUUUAUUUGAUAAACAAAGGUGUAUAGAUUUUCUUUUUGGGAAUAUACUUUUAGGUUUGCAGAUUUAAAUGCAUCUCCCAGACCUUGUUGCAAGCUGGUGCUGUGAUCAUAUUGACACAUCUAGGAAUAGUUCCACUAAUAACCCAUGUUAAGAAAAAAGAAAGACAUUUAUAAUUUAAAUAUUUAUUCCUUUUGACAUAAACAGAUGGCCUGGCAUCUCUAUGCUUCUGCACUACACACAAAUUCAUUAUGCGAUGGCACUGGAUUCCCUUUCGCCACGUUGGGUGGAAAGGUAGUGUUGGUACUGCUGUGAAGUAAAGAGGGAGCAGGGAAAGGCAUGCCACUAAGAAUCGAUGUGAACAGAAGUGUGGACUUCAUCCUGUAAUGAGAUAAAAAUCUGGUGUCCUUAUUAGUCAUGUGUGGAAGAAGAAGGGUGGGGGAACGUUUGCCAGAGUUCCUGGGAAGAGAAGUGUAGCCACUUUGAUGAAUGGGAGUGUGGUGUUUAACAUAAACAGUCUUUUUUUUUAGUUUCCCAGGAAAACAAAGGGAAGCUUGGCAGUUUAGAUUUUUUUUUUUUUUUUUUUUUUAGAUUCCAGCCAUCAGGUGGUAGGCAUUUUUUUCUUGCCUUGUGUGUAAACAUAAACAUGAUCUAAGAUUCUGCUACUUUGAGACCAGCCCUGAAUCUGACAUACUCCUCUCUUAGUACCUCUAAAAUGAAGUAGGAACUUAACAUCCUUAUCUUCAAUCUAGCACAUUUGUCUUAAGGUGAAUUUCUUUGAUAGCAAUUACUGUUCCACAAUACUGGGCAUACAUGUAUGAAUGUAAGACUACAGAUCGGUUCUUUCUUCCAUUAGCUAGUUCUAGAGGAAGCUGUUUGUUUCUCUGCCUAGUUCAGACAGUGUAAGAUAAGUUGGUCUUGUUCCUGUGGCAUCAGUGUUGCAGGGAGACUGACAACUUCCUAAGGUCGAAUUUGAGUGAGCUCAACCUUUGGGCUUUAAAUAAACGAUGAAUACAUGAAUUGUAAACAGUGUUUUGUAUGUUCAAAACAUGGUAUAAUUCAUAAGCAAUGCCAGUAUGUGAAUCUUUGGAAGUUACCCUAGUAUUGUCUUACUUUGGAACUUACAUUUUCAAACAAAACAUUAUUUAGGGAGAGUAAGGAGAAUAAUCCUGGUUUUGAUGUCACUUAACAAUGUCUCGUACAAUGGUCUGGCACUACUUGCUUACCUCGUCCUCAUGGGACUUCAGUGGGAGCUUUAGGGAGGUGGUGAAGGCUGGAUCAAAUCUCAAGUUUAAAGUCUCCUAUGUGCUUCAACAGGCAUUUUUAGUGUGGUGGCCGUAUCUAAACAAAGUGAGACUCCUUACCUGGUGCAAGCUGUGUGGGGGAGUGUAUGGGCUGAUGCCUACGUUCCACUGCAACGUGGUAAAAUUAGAAAUUUAAACUUAGUAUUUUUGCCAAAAUACUGCCCCUCCAAUCCGAGGCUUCUCUCCAGACUGGAUUUGUACCUCUAAAAUACAUUUUGGGUAUUUAGAAGCAGAGUUGGGGAGAAGCAUGUGCUCUGAUAUCUCCACUUUAGUUUCAUGAUGCAACUAUGCAAUGUAAAGGAAAGGCCCGUAUAGCUGGCACUGUUUCAGAGCAUCUCAGUAACGGCAUUUUGCAUAGCUGUCUGCUGCUUGCAGGUGGUGAGCAGAGAUGAGAGAAAGGUGAGAGUAUUCUUCAUUUCACCACACUACUUGGUCCCACAGCAAACUGACAUUAUAGAUCUAGCAGCACUGACUACACUUGCAACCUGCAGAUUAAAGAGGAACCUAAACUAUUUCUAAUGUGUCACGUAUUCACAAUAUGUGAAUUGAAAAGUACCAAUACUUUUUGUACCCAGACUAUAAAAUGAGACUAUGGGGGGUGGGGAGGGAACCAAGUAAGUUUGCUCAUUUGCAACACGUUGAUUUCCAUGUGCUUAAAAAUGUUCAUAGGCUGGAGUCUAAAGCUGGAACAAGUACACACCCGCAAUAAAUUACUGUAUUUCUACUUAACAGACCUAUGGCUUUAGAGAGGAAAAUACUGUAAGCGUGUACUCCUUUUGUAACUUUCUUUGGUCAGCUGUUGGCUUAAAAUAUUCAUGGUAGCCCUAGGUUAUUGUCAAGGCAGAUCAUUUAAAAAAAAAAAAAUAAUAUGCCAAUGCAUUUCAUUAUCUGAAUGUUCUUUAGCUGUUCAGGUAAGUAAUUUUCAAGGCACAAUGGAGCACAAAAGGGAAAAUGCUAGAUCUGUCCUUGUUCUGGAGGGGAGGGUAGUGGGGGGAGAUGACACAUUUGUUUAAAAUUCCCUCUGUCUUUUCUAAAGUUCUCCAACUUCAGUUAACUUCUUUUUAUGAUUAGAGCAAAGAUGCAAGCUAGAAAUCUAUCCAGAUCUUGCCAGUUACUUCUCAACUGGGCUUCAAACAGGUAAUGUUUAAUAAAACUCAGUAUGUUGUUGGGAGUUUGUGUCUAGUUUUAUACUUUUACACUGCGGAGUGCUACUACCACCCAAAGCCAGUUUUGAAGGCUUCCUUAGCAGGAAACCAGGACUUGUACAAUUAGCUGUAGUUUGAGGGGGGAGAUGUUGUAGACCCAAAUGGGGAGGGAGGUAGAGGAAGAGGAAUAAUGGACAUAAAGCAGGAUUUACUGACCAACAGACAAACUACUGUAACUCAAGGGGGAGGAAGAAAAAUGCACUUUCAAUAGUUUGUCCAUAUUUUUAGCUACAAAAUACACUUGUAUCUAAUUUGAGACAACUAUUAAGAGGAACACCCAUCCCAUAAAUGGCUAAUCCUCCUUUUGACCUCCUCCUGGCUUUUCCACAUUGGCUUGAGUCCAUUUUCAGCUGCCAUACUUAAUUUUAAGAACUGCUACUUUUAACAUGUUUAGAAAGAAAACAAAAAUAAAUCAUUAACUCUGACACUUUUUUUAAACAGGGUGGACUUAAUUGAAGUGUGCAGUGUUGAACUACUGCAGUAGCUGCCUCUAGUUAAAGAAAUAAACUGUAGACAAGUUUUCUGUCUAUUAAUCCAGAUAAUCUGGAUUCAGUAAAAUGUCUGUGAGAGUGUUCCUCCCAUCUGGUGUGAAUGUGCGUGUGCAUGUGUUCCAUGAACAGACAGAGAACCAAAUGUUCUAGGUACUUGUCAUGUUUUAUUGCAUACUUUAAGUUGUGUGUAUGUGAAGUGUCCUUUGACCGGAAGGUUUUGGUUAAUAUCAGUAUAUUUUUAUAAAUUUGAAAUUCAUUGUGCCCCAUCUUUUUUCUUAAACAUUUUUCAUUGUUAGGGUAUAUGUGCUAGAUUUGGAUCUUUAACAUUUUUAGGCACAGAGGGAAAAAGUUAUUGGCUCCUUGAAAACUUAUGGGACAAAAUGGAUCCUCAAAGCAUGUAUGUACUUACAAACCAAGCUGUAGAGAUCAAGAAAAGAACUUUAUUGUUGAUCUCAAGAUUUCUAAAUUGUCAAGAUUUAUAUGGAGUUGUGGUGGAACUAGUUAACACUUAGAGCUUUUGGUAUGUAAUGACUAUUUGCUAUGGACUGAUAUUAAAUGUUUCAAAGGAUUGCGUUCUUAAACUUUCUGGAUUUUUGUUACUCUCCUCGGAUUAUAUUAAGUAGUUAAAAAUUUCUUUGCUAUAUUACAUUAAAAGCAUAAGAACUUUGGGUCUCGUAUUUAUUUUCACUUGUUUUACUAAUUAUUUACAGAACACCGUUUUAACUUUUUUAUUUUAUAAAUGUGUAGUAUUUGAAACAUAUCUUUAAAAAUUGUUCAAUUGGAACUACAUUAACUUCUGAUUUGUUUUUAUUAGGAUUUUUAAAAAAAAAAAAAUACACUUUUUCCAUGUUGGUGCACAGCACUUAACAGAAAUGUUUGUAUUCCCUUUCUUUCAAUUCAAUAAACAGAAUAAAUAACUGGAA